AUGGAAUCAAAUUGCACGAAAUCUUCUACUAAUACGCCGCCGUUUGUCGAUCUCGGACUUCUCAUGAACAUCAAUCAUCAAAUUGAAGCCAAAAGACCCGAAGAACGGUACAGAGAUUACAAAAUGCGCGGAGAACACAUAGAUAGUGUGAUUCCACCCAUCACUAGCUCUGAGGAACGAACCUUGUCUACACUCGAGGUAUCGGAAGACGAAAGGCUGUCUUUGGAGACACUGUCUGAUACAGAAGAGACACCGAAGAUUAUUCAAGAAACUCGAGCAGAAGCUAAGAAGAGGAGACGCCAGGAAUUUCUCGAUAAUUAUGAUGUGGAAUCAUGCAAGCUAGUCGUAGAUGAUCUUCUUGAGAGUCAGAUUAGAUAUUACGCGGUUUUGCGGCGAUGUGGAUUGGUUCCUGUGCAAGCAAAAGAAAAUAUACAUCAUAAGGAGGAUACUUGGAGUGAGACUAGCGAAGACCCUGCGCCAAGACAUGGGAACUUUUCCUCCAAUUUACCCAUUUCACAAUCCUCGAUUAAGGAAAAAAAUCCUAAACUAUCCCAUAGCGAAAAUAAUGUGAGGGCAAUUGGAAAGAGUGGGCCUGGCGUUGCAAAGAAAGGUCAUGUCGCCAAGAAACAGGCAAUCAUCAACAAGAAGGACAUGUUCGAGUUGAUGUUUAAGGGGAUGGAGCAUUGUUCCGGAGCUUAG